UGUGUAACACUCCAGCUUAAAUUUCAUCAAUUAUAAUAUUAAUAAUUAAUUAUUCCGUGCGGAAAAAAAAACAACAAACGUUUUUUUAGGUCAUUAGUGAUUGUGCCCCCAAUAAAGAAGCAUCUUCAACAUUCAGAAAACGGAAAUAUACAGGAAUAAACUGACUUGGCCUAAACAGUAAACCUAAACACAGCCUGUGAAUUCCAUUUUUUUUUAAUGAAUGUAACAGAAAGGAGAAAAACAGGAAGGGGCAACCCCCUGUUAACAACAUGGAAUAUGGGGGACUAACACCCAGCACGUCCAUAGCAUCUAUCAAGGGAGAUGAAAGAAAUAUUGUCCUGUUGUUUUUCCUUUACACACUACAAGGGAUUCCCCUGGGGUUGUCUGCUGCCAUACCACUGAUUUUGCAGAAUAGGGGAGUCAGUUACAAACAACAGGCAGAGUUUAGCUUUGUAUGGUGGCCAUUCAGCUUGAAACUCCUAUGGGCCCCAUUGGUGGAUGCAAUUUUUUCCAGUAGGAUAGGACGCCGAAAAACAUGGCUUAUACCAACCCAAUAUCUGAUUGGGUUAUUUAUGUUGUUGCUCUCAAGUCAUGUCAAAAGAUGGUUAGGAGAUGAUGGGGGAACUCCAAACAUUGAGAUCCUAACAUUACUUUUCUUCAUGCUGAAUUUCCUAGCAGCUACCCAAGACAUAGCUGUAGACGGUUGGGCUUUGACAAUGCUGAAGAAAGAGAAUGUUGGACAUGCUUCUACAUGCAAUAGUGUGGGACAAACCACAGGAUACUUCAUGAGCAAUGUACUUUUUAUGGCACUUGAAUCUCCUACAUUCUGCAAUCAGUAUUUGAGGAGUGAACCGCAAGAAGAAGGUAUAGUAACCUUCACUGGGUUCCUCUACUUCUGGGGCUGGGUUUUCCUGAUAACCACCACCUUAGUAGCUAUUUUCAAAACGGAAACCGAACCUCACGAUCCGAAUCAUGUUGUGGUCCAUGAUAGGGAUAUCAAGACAGCUUACACGUCACUGAAGGAGAUACUACAGCUGAGAUCUAUCCAGAUUCUUGUUGUAAUGUUACUAACUUGCAAGAUUGGUUUUUCAUCUACGGAUAGUGUGAUGCCUCUGAAACUGGUAGAAGCAGGCAUUCCAAAGGAAAAACUGGGUUUGAUUGCUGUACCUAUGAUACCAAUUCAAGUGCUUUUGCCUUUGGUCAUCUCCAAAUACUCUACAGGACCAAAACCACUGAACGUUUUCCUGAAAGCAAUACCAUACAGGCUGUUAUUAGGCGUAGGAGCAGCUUUUUUGGUAUGGAUCACCCCAACUUUAGUACCUGAUGCUUCAAAGGGACUGCCUAUUACAUAUGUUGGUCUUCUUCUUGUACUCUACGGUGCACAUCAGGCGUGCCUAUACUGUAUGUACGUUUCGAUCAUGGCUUUUUUCGCGAAAAUCAGCGACUCCAAGGUAGGCGGUACAUACAUGACCCUGUUGAACACUUGCACAAACUUAGGAGGAAAUUGGCCGACGAUAUUGGCGCUAUAUUUCGUGGAUCCUCUGACUUGGAAACAGUGUGAGGGUGGCGUGGAAGCAAUCGACAACGCUUGUAGGACUAGCGUUGAGAGAGAUCUGUGCGUCAGUAAAGGCGGCAAAUGCGUUACGACAAUAGACGGGUUCUAUAUCGAAACUGUGAUCUGUAUAGUGAUAGGAUUCUUGUGGCUUUGGUUAUGGGGCAGCAAAACGAUAAAGUACAUCCAGGCGUUGAACGAGAACGCCUGGAAGCUCGCUAAAAGAAAAACUGACAAGAGAUAAUGAUUGGUGAACAUCUGGACUCGAGACAUUCCAUAAGAUUUUAUAUGAAGACAAUAAGGUUCAAUUUGGUAUAUUGUGUCAGUAUCAACUAAAAUAGUCUUGGAUUUAUUAAAAAGAACCCUGAACUACCCGUAUUAUUAGGACACGAUUCUCUCCAAAAACAACUGGAAAUCUUGUUUUGAGGUUUUGGAUGAAACAACUGUGGUGCUUACCCCUUGAGCAUGUUUUUAUAUGAAAGUUAGCUAUUUUCUAGUUGCCUUUCCUUUUGGCAUCUUUUGUAUCUUAAUAUAUUUGUAUUAUUUGUAAAAGUAGGAUUCAUUUCCCCUGUGAUUUUUAUAUGUAUUCAAUUGUUAAAAUCAUUGACGUUUUAGCCAGCGUCAAUUAGAUUCGAUUUAUUUAUUACUUUUUGAUUUAUUCGUAUUCAUAUCUGGUAUGCAUUGUUAUUUGUUGAUUAUAUAUUAUUGAAAUAUAAACGUGACGCUGCGAUGAAGUUUUACAGCGCACACGGAUGAUUUUGAAUUUAACCUCUUUACAGUAUAAAUAUAUGAAAUGUGUGGAAAAUAAAGAUUUUUUGAAUUA